UUUCACCUCUCGUCGCCCAUUAAUUUUCCCUUGGCACCUCUCGUCGCCCAUGUUAACAUACUUUCCCAUCCCAAAUCCAUCCUUCACUCUCACCUGGGAAUAGUGUUUUUCCCAGCCUCUCGACUGAAAGCAGCAAUCCUUCAUCUUACCAGUUGUAAGCUUACCUCGUUUUCGUGAGCCGCAGACCAGAGCUGAAAAUGGCUUCGACCCGAGAUUUUCUCCCCGGCUGAUGUCUCAACCGUGCAGCCCCUUCAAUUCUCAGCCAAAACCUUCAACGCAGAAUCACCGAAACACAUAUCCGUACUCUGCAGUUCGUCGCCUUCAUCUGCAACGAACGACAUCCUCAGGGGCUAACAACCUCAAGCGAUCGGCUCGAUUCGUCCAUCGUCGUUUCAUCGCUGGGAGCCGCUGACGUCAGCGCUUGGGUGGGUGCGUGGGCUCCCCACGUUUGAAAGACCAACGGCAUAGGAGGAAACUCAAAAUCCAUGGCCACGCGAUGGAUGCCUGGACACUCGCGAAACGACAGAGGAGCGUCAAAGCCGGCAGCAUGCGGAGGCGGAAAACCAACCAGCACUCGAGGGGGAGCCAGCACUCGAGAAUCAACCAUGGCGGAAGCAUCAAAACUGGCAGAAUCAUCCAACCCGACAGCGGGUUUACCAGCUGGCCGCGGACGGGGCGUUGGGAGAGGAGCAGCGAUGGACACGUGUGCCGGUCGGGGUCGCGGCAGUGCCGGUAGUAUAGGUCGAGGUGAGGCGAAGACGGUCGGCCGAGGGGUAUCAGGACCCGGAAUGGCCCGCGGAAGCCUUGUGAACGGGCAGGCGGAACCCGCGCGCCAGAUCGGCGCUCCGCAUGUGUUUCCGCGCAUGGGGCGGGGGGACAUCCGGCGAGCGUACACGCUCGGGCGGGAGCUGGGGAAGGGCGGCGGCGGCGUGGUGCGUGAAUGCCUGGACCCAUUGACCGGCCAACCUGUUGCGGCCUGCAAGACGAUCCCCAAAACGAAGCUUCAGCGUCCGGACUUAGUGGAGGAGCUGCGUGCGGAGGUGGCGGCGAUGAAGCGCCUGUCGGGGCACGCGCACGUGGUGCGGCUGCUAGCGGUGUACGAGGACGACGACGCCGUGCACGUGGUCAUGGAGCUCUGCACGGGCGGGGAUCUAUACGACCUUCUUACGGCUGCCACCACGCUGCCUGAACCGAUUGCCGCACAGCUUGCGAGCCAAAUCCUGAAGGCACUGAGUCACAGCCAUCGCAACGGCAUCCUGCAUCGCGACAUCAAGCCGGAAAACAUCUUAUUGGCAAACCCGGUAACAGUACAAGACGGGCAGGUGACGCUAAUCGAAGCGGAUGCGCCGGCUACAGGAACAGAUACGAAAUCGGGGGGCGGAACGGUCGCUACAGUACCAACAUCGGGUGGCGCUGCGGAAGAAGUGAUUAUGCAAGACGUGAUUACAGAAGGGGGCUCUGCGAGCAGCACUGUAGCGUGUGCAGGUGGCGGUUACUCUGCCUCUCCCAGCCCCUCUACAAGCACAUUCAGUACGAGUGUAGUCAGCAGUACACCCAGCAGCACGAUUAUGUCGCUAGGUAGCGCCAGCACCGCCAGCAGCAGGGGCGGAGGAGGGCACGGAGCAGGGUCGGGGGGGGAGGAAGAAGCGGAGGACAGAGCGGAAGGAGUGGGGAGCACCUUGCGUAUAAAGCUUGCGGAUUUUGGGCUGUCUGUUGUGCUUAAAACGGGGCAGCAAGCAGUGGGGAUGCAUGGGAGCAACGUGUAUAUGGCGCCAGAAGUGGUGUGCAGGAAGCCCUAUGGUUUGGCGAUUGACUUAUGGGGUCUUGGAGUUAUCCUCUUUACAGCACUCUCCGGUUACAUGCCAUUUUGGGGUAACUCGGAUGAAGAACUAUUCGUCCGUAUCUUGAGGGGGCGCCCAGAUUAUGUCAGCGAUCCGUGGCCGUCGAUCAGCGCGGAGGCGAAGGAUCUGGUCCAUCGGUUGCUCACGAUUGAUCCUCCUCGUCGAAUUAGCGCUGACGUGGCGCUGCAGCAUCCGUGGAUCCUGAAGCACUGCAGCCCAUCUGCACCGUCCAUUCCUCUGUCACUGUCCGAGCCUGCCACCGUCUAUCCAAACAACCCUGCUGGCUCAAAUCUCAACCCUGCAGCAGCAGCAGCAGCAGCAGCAGCUGCAGCUAUGCCUCCCCCUGCUUCUCGUGCUGCUGCGGUUGCUGCUGCUACUGUCCCGUCUGGUCUUCCUUCGGCUGCUCCUGCUGCUGCUCCUGCUGCUGCUGGUGCUGCUCCUCCUCCUGCUGCUGUUUCUGCUACUGCCCGUAGGUUACCAUCUCCCGUUCGUCGCCAGCCCUCGCCAAUCCGCCGAGCGCCAUCACCAGCCAAGCGACCAGCCUCCCCAGCCACCCGCGCCACUGCUACUGCCACUGCUGCUGCUGGUGCUGCUGCUUCUGGUGCUGCUGCUUUUGGUGCUGCGGUGAAAGCCUCGGCAACCUCCCCGCGCUAUCCGUCCAAAACUAGACCUGCAACUGCUCAGGUGGCUGCUGCCAGGGCUUCAGCUGCUGCCGCUACCCGUGCUGCUGCUAGAGGUGCUGCUGCUGCUGGCGCUCAUUCAGUGAAGGUGCCUGGCACGCCAACCACGCCGCUACUGCCUAGCCGCACUCGGGCAAACGUUCCGUCUGCUAAGGGAACUGCUGGUGCAGCAGCCAAUGGUGCUGGUGGGAAAAGAGUAGGCGCUGAGGAUGUGCACAUGCACGUGGAUACCUAUUCACACAAGCUGAAGCAGCAGCAGCAGCAGCAGCAGCAGCAGCAGAAGCAAGAGCAGCAGCAGAGACAGAACCAUCGGCCGAGCUCAUCCCCUGCACAUUCUCCCACCAUCUCAUCCGCUUCCUCUGCUGCCUCCUGCCCCACCCCCUUCACCCUCCCCCAUUCUGCCGCCCUGCCCUCUCCCCAUCCCUCUCUUGCUCCUCCCCCCUCUUCUGGCCCAGCCAGCAUGGCCACAUCUACCUCGUUUUCUCAUGCCCCGCUUUCUCAAUCUGCUUGCCCCCCUGCGCAGUCUGCCGCACCUACUCUGAUCGUCUUGCCCGCAGCUGCCACAGCUCGCCUCGCAAGUGGAAACGCAGUGCCAACAACCCACAGCACAGCUGGUGUCCUCGCUUCAUCACCCAUAUCUAGCGCGCCCAUCCCAGCAGCCAUCACUAUCCGGCCUUCCUCCGUCAAGCCCAUGCCUCCACCAUCGCAGCUCGCUCCGGCAGCAGCUUCGAUUACAGCUUCGGCAACAGGUUGGGAACCAGCCUCGGCAGCUGCAACGGCCCCAGCACCAUCAAUGCCUGCUGUGGGUGGUGGUAGCAUGGGAGCCAUAGCCGCUGAUAGUGCAGAGCAGGCUGCUGCGGCUGUGCUGCAGUGCCACAGCCAUUCCCCUGUGCCACCUUCCGCUGGGCCAUACUAUCCUGGUUCAUUUGCUGCAGAAGCGGCAAGAGCACCAGCAGUAGGAGUACCAGUGGCGGGCACACAUGCGGCAACAGCAGAACCGUCACCAGCACCUCCGUCCGUUCCUCACAUGUCUGUUCAUAAUCCGUCUCCAGCUGCCCUGCCAGCUGCUGCAGCAGCAGCAGCAGCAUCUCUCUCACACCAGCCUACCUCACAUGAGCCUACCUCCGCCUGUCCUGCGGAUGCUGCGGAUGCUGAAGGCCCCAUUGAGCCUCUGAUGCGCGCCUCUAGAGCGCGCAAGAACCGCACAGGGGUGUUCCGAGUCACUUCUAGCAGAAGGAGAGAAGCCCAUGCCCCGCCUGCUGCUGCACCCUGUGCUGCCACUGCUGCUGGUGCUGGUGUAGGUGCUGGUGCGGGUGCAAGUAACGCUGCAACUAGCGGGUCUUUUGGGUCGGCGGGUGGCGCCAUGGCCAGUGCUACCAGCAAGCUCGCUUCACUCUUUUCCUUGGGAGCCGCUCCGGCAGCCAAAGCAAGGAAGAACGCUGCAGGUUCGGGGGUUUCAGGUUCGGGAGUGCCAGGUUCGGGGGCAUCAGGCUCGGCAUCUACGACGUUUUUCCGAGCCAGGCCGUCUGGCCUGAGCAGCCCGUUCACGUUCUUCUCCCCCAAGAGGAAGAUACGAAAGUCGCAAGUGGUUGUGAACAGUGCAGCUGCUGCUGCAGGGACGGCGGCGGGCAGUUGUGGGGGAACAGAUAUGGCCGUGGAUGGGAGUGGUGGGCAAGAGGAGGAGGAAGAGGAGGAGGAGGAGGAGGUGGAGGAAGGAGAGUUUGAGGCUGGAGAGGAGCAGGAGAAGGCACAGUUAGAAGCAGCAGGAAGUCUGUCAGGAUACAAUAGCGCAGUGCUUAGCGCAGCAGCCGCUGCAGUGCUGCAGACACACUCGAACCAGCAGGAGGGGGAUCAGCCGCAGCAGCAGAAUCGCCAUCCUCAUGCCCAUCAGCCUUGGCAGAGGCACGGGAUGAUUGGCGGUGUCGGCAGCACCGGAGCUGCCAGCAAUGUAGGCACCAUAGCUGAGUUCCGGGCUCGGCUGUCCCCUGCUGUCACUCUCGACCGAACUGCAGCUCCCGAACCUGUGGCUGUGUAUUCAAGCACAGGGAACGUGCUGCCAGCUGUCCGCACAGGAUUUGGUGAAAAAGGAACAGGAGUUAUUGGAAAGGCCAAGGUGACUAGCAGGAGUGUAAGGAUGGAAGUGGAUGGAGGGGCAUGCGAGGGUGGCUUGUCAGAUGUCGUAUCGGCGUUCUCCAUUCUCCGUACAGACUCCAUACGUGGACCUUCUGGUGCAAUUCACCAAGGCCGGUAAAGUGGAAACAGAAAGGCACUUGCAGGCUCGCAUCUCGCGGGAACUGCACUCGAUAAUAAGAGCUCUAGUAGAAUACCUAGUGCAUCUGGCUGGCUCAAGCAUACCGGUACAUUCUCAGGAUGUUGAGUGAGCUGAUGUUAUACAAACACAUUAAUUCAUUUUUACUGCCA